AUGAUCCCCAAGGACAUCACCUUCUCUGCUGCUGCAGAUCAGAGCAGAAACUUUCUUCAUUGCCAUAAAUACCCACAGCAAGAAAAGGAGUUCUUCAAGCACGUGGAAGAACAUCGUUCCCUCCUGAGCGACCUGGUCGCUCAUCACUUUGCCGUCAAUUCCUCCGCUGUUACCAUCUCUGGCCAGGAAUACUGGCGUCAUGGAUCGUUCAAUCUUGUCAUACCUACACAUGCCCAAAUGGCCAACACGGAACGAUACGCCAUGCUGCGUUUCCCACUGCCUUACCGUGUCGGAGAAGCAACAUGCCCAGGAAACUCGGACGAGAAAGUCAGGUGUGAAGCUGGCACGUACGCCUGGCUUCACGGAAAUUGCCCUUCCGUUCCUAUACCGCAGCUUUACGGAUUCGGUCUUUCUACGAAUGAGAGGUUUACCCGCGUGGACCUGCUCCCCUGGUGGUCGCGUUGGCUCCAACGAACCCGUUGUUAUCUUCUCGCACUCUUCGGCUGCCGUGUUCCUUCCGACUACGUACGCCAUGACUCUCCCCGGUUUGCGACUCUUGAUAUCGGUUAUCUCCUGAUCGAGACAAUCAGUAACGGAGAGAUCCUUUCCGAGACGUGGGACGAGAAACACGACGAUGCACGCCUGCAAAAGAACUUGCAUCAGAGUCUUGCUCGAAUAAUGCUUUCUCUUACCAAAACGUCCUUUACGCGCAUUGGUUCGUUUCGACUCGACAGUAAGGGAUAUCUACACCUCGACAAUCGCCCAUUGAGCGUUCAGUGGACUAUGCAAGAGAAUGAGGGUAUUCCCCUCGGAAUAAAUAGAGACGAGACCUUCUCAAGCGUAGAUGAUUUUGUUCUCGCCCAUGUUACGGCUCUGGACAAUCGGCUUCUUCAUCAGCCCAAUGCUAUUGAAGACAGCCAUGAUGCUCAUUAUCAGAUGACAAGCCUAGCCGCAGCACGGGCCAUGUUCCCCCGUCUGUUUCGAAGGGACCUUUCCAAAGAGCGUUUCGUAUUUGCUCUUACCGACCUCCACCGGAGCAACAUUUUCGUUGACGAGGAUUGGAACGUGAGCUGCAUCAUCGACCUGGAGUUCUCCUGCACGUGGCCGAUUGAAUUCUUGCAGCCGCCGUACUGGCUUCGCGGCGAUUUGGUUGACGAGGUUGAGCCGGCAACCUUUGGACCCCUGUUCAAACAGUUCGUUGAGACGCUGGAAAUGUUGGAACGGGAGCAGGAGCAGGAGCAGAAGCAGGAGCAGCUACAGAACUACAACGGGGGAACUGAAGAAUGCCUGUCAUCUAUCAUGCGGCAAUCAUGGCCCGAUGGGCCCUUUUGGGUUACCAUGGCAUUAAAGGAUGCAGUGGCCUUUACGGCAAUCUUUUACGACCGCAUCCUGCCCAUCUGUUUCUCAUUCUCCUCGGAAGACUUCAAACGUGCCAACUAUGAGUUUUUUGGCAAGUUGUGGAAUCGUGGUGUGUCUGCCAUAAUCGAGACCAAAUUGCAACAUCGAGAGGUCUAUCUACAGAGCCUUCGUGAGGCUCUCACACAAUCAGAGACAUAG